AUGAGACUUUUGUUUGUUUUGGCACUAAUUGGUGCUGCCUGGUAUGCCAUGGAAGAGAUGCUGUACACUUGGCUACCUUCCAACUACGUGUUCGACCCCGCCACUUUGGAGUCGAUUGCCAACCGUGUGAUCACUGUCCACCAGGACUUGGGCGACCAAUCCACGACAGAAGCAUUGUUGAAAGACGUGAGAGAAGAAUUGGCACUUUACUACGGCGAACAGUAUAUCAACAAGUACGUGAAGGAAGAAUGGGUCUUCAACAACGCAGGUGGAGCUAUGGGCCAGAUGUUGAUCCUGCAUGCGUCUUUUUCCGAGUAUCUGAUUUUCUUCGGCACCGCAGUGGGUAACGAGGGCCACAGUGGCGUGCAUUUUGCAGACGACUACUUUACGAUCCUCAAGGGCACCCAGUACGCCUCGCUUCCUCACAAUCCGAGCCCAGAGGUGUACACUGCGGGAAUGACCCACCACAUGGCUAAAGGCUACGCUAAGCAGUACGGGAUGGGCCGCGAGUCCUUCGCCUUGGAGUAUGCCCGUGGCUGGAUCCCUUGCAUGCUGCCGUUCGGAUUCUUGGACACCUUCACCAGUACCUUGGAUUUCUACACCCUCUACAGAACUGUCUUUUUGACCGGUAGAGACAUGUUUAAGAACCUGGUUGUCAACAAAAAGUUUUAG